AUGAUGCUUAGACACGGCCGGCGCUUGCCAUCUUCAUCAUCGAGAGCUGCGCUUCUUGCGCGUAAUCAUGUUGCCUCUUCAUCGACUUCGCUGCAACGGAAUGGGGCUUCGAGCGUGAUGACGCGCCGCUCGAAUGCGAGCACUACACCCUCCAAGCCGACGCAAAUGUCGGCAGCUGCGGCCGAAGAGAUGCUGAAGACUGCCCGCGUUCCCACGUCUGCACCGUCUUCGGCACCCUCGGGUCUCCCGUCGGCAUCUCAGAGCGCAUUGAAGGAGACGCGACACGAGGUGGUCUUCUACAUCAACGGCAAACGGCAUGCGCCCAAAUCAGUGGAGCCCGAUCUCACCCUUAUCGACUACCUGCGCGACCAAGGCCUUACCGGCACCAAGCUGGCCUGUGGUGAAGGUGGUUGCGGAGCCUGCACAGUGACAGUGGCGCACUGGGACCAAGAGCGGGGCGAGGUGGUGCACCGCGCGCUAAACUCGUGCCUGGUGCCGGUCUGCUUCGUCGAUGGCAUGGAGGUCACGACCGUCGAGGGUCUCGGCUCCACCCGCUCCGGCAAGCUGCACCCCGUGCAGGACAAGAUGGCCAAUCUCUUCGGCUCCCAAUGCGGCUUCUGCACGCCCGGCUUCGUGAUGUCGAUCCACAGCGCGCUGCAGAAGUUCCCCGCCCCUUCGCUCCACCAGCUCGAGAAGUCGAUCGACGGCAACCUGUGCCGCUGCACGGGCUACCGGCCCAUUGUCGACGCCCUCCGUUCGCUGGAGAAGGAGUACAAGGGAAAGCAGUCUGAGACGCUGAAAAAGCUGCACCACUUCCCCCAGGAGCUGAUCGAGCGAUCACGGCACCUGCUCGAGCUCAAGGCGACCCACCACCACGCCAAGAUCGUGGUCGGCAAUACCGAGAUCGGUAUCGAGCAGCGAUUUGGCCGCAAGCACUACCCGAUCCUCAUCUCGGCGGCCCACAUUCCCGAGCUCAACCAGGUCGCCUUCCUCGACGGCGGCGUGGAAGUGGGCUCGGCCGUCCCGCUUACCACCCUGUGGGAGGCAAGGACGCCUUCAAGCCAGGAGUGGUUCUCGGGCACGUCGAUCAGGAACGGCGCGUGCCUGGGCGGCAACAUCGUGACGGCCUCGCCCAUCUCCGAUCUCAACCCGGUCUUUGUCGCGCUCAACGCCCAGUUCCGGCUCAAGUCCAUGGAGCGCGGCGAGCGCGUCGUCAACGCGAGCGACUUCUUCCAGCCGGGCUAUCGCAAGGUCGACCUGCACCACGACGAGGUGCUCACCUCGGUCGUGAUCCCGUACAGCCACGAGAACCAGUACGUCGAGGCCUACAAGCAGGCGCGUCGUCGCGAAGACGACAUUGCCAUCGUCAACGCCGGCUUCAACGUCGCCCUCGAUGAUUCGGGAAGAGUGACGUCGGCGCGGUUGGCCUUUGGCGGCCUGGCGCCGUUCACGCUGCAGGCCAAGGAGACGCAGGCGUUCCUGGUGGGCAAGCAGUGGAAUCAGGACACCUUCGAAAAUGCCGUGGACGUGCUGCGGAAGGAGGUCACCCUCAAGGAGGGCACUCCCGGCGGCAUGGAGAAGUACCGCACCACCCUCGCGCUCAGCUUCUUCUUCAAGUACUACCUCGCUGUCGCCCAGAAGAUGAAAAACGGCCCAGUUAUCCCGCCGUCGUACCUGUCGGCUCUGUGGCCGCUCACCGCUGAGUCCCCCAAGGGCAAGCAAGUGUUUGCUGGAAGCGAUCAGCCCGUCGUGGGACAAUCGAUCGUUCACGCGUCCGCUGAGCGUCAGGUCACGGGCGAGGCCGUCUACAUCGACGACAUGCCCAGGCUGCAGGGCGAGCUGAACGGCUCGCUGGUCGUCAGCCAGCGGCCGCACGCCAAGCUCAGGAAGGUCGACGCCUCCAAGGCCCUGCAGGUGCCCGGCGUCAUUGGAUUUUUCAGCCACAAGGACAUCCCCGGCGAGAAAAUCAUUGGCGACAUCGUGCACGAUGAGGAGGUCUUUGCCAGCGAAGUCGUAGAGACCGUCGGCCAGCCCAUCGGCAUCAUCGUUGCCGAGGAUGAGGUGACCGCCAAGCACGCCGCGCACCUCGUCGAGGUGGAGUACGAGGACCUGGAGCCUAUCUUCUCCAUCGAGGACGCCGUGGCCAAGCAGAGCUUCUUCCCGCUCGAAAAGAAGAUUGAAAAGGGCAACGUGGCCAAGGGACUGGCUGAGUCCAAGAAUGUUGUUGAGGGCCGCGAGCAUUUCUACUUUGAGCCGCAGAUCACCAUCGCGCAGCCAUUGGACACGGAGAUGGUGCUCUAUGCUUCGACGCAGAACGCCAACAAGACCCAGAAGCACGCGGCCGCCGUCCUGGACAUGCCCGAGAACAAGGUCUCCUGCUCCCUCCGACGGAUCGGCGGCGGCUUCGGCGGCAAGGAAUCGUCGAACAUUAUCUACUCGUGCUGCGCGGCGGUGGCGGCGCACCACCUUAACCGGCCGGUGCGACUGCUGCUGGGCCGCGAUGAGGACAUGGAGUGGACCGGCAAGAGGCAUCCCUUCGAGGGCACCUACAAGGCCGGCUACGACAACGAGGGCAACAUCACCGCCGUCGAUGUCCAGUUGUACAACAACGGUGGCUACUCGCACGAUCUGUCGUGGCCUGUUCUGGAGCGCGCCCUGUUCCAUUCGGACAACGUCUACAACGUGCCCCACUUCCGGGUCAAGGGUCGCGUGUGCAAGACCAACCUGCCGUCGAACACCGCCUUCCGAGGGUUCGGUGGUCCCCAGGGCAUGAUCGUCACCGAGGCCUGGGUCGAACACAUCGCCCACCAGCUCAAGAUGGAGCCGGAGGACGUGCGUAAGAAGAAUAUGUAUCUGUACGAGGACAAGACCCACUUCGGGCAGCCGAUCAACCUCAAGCUGCACGAGCUGUGGGACCAGUGCGAGGCCCAGAGCGACCUGCGCCAGCGCAAGAAGGCCAUCGCCGAGUUCAACCGGGAGAACCGAUUCCGCAAGCGCGGCAUCUCCAUGAUUCCCACCAAGUUCGGCAUCUCCUUCACCUUCACCCCGCUCAACCAGGGCUCGUCGCUCGUAAACGUCUACACCGACGGCACCGUACUCAUCACCCACGGUGGUGUUGAGAUGGGCCAGGGCCUGCACACCAAGGUCAUGCAGGUUGCUGCCAACGCCCUUGGCGUAGGCAUGAAGGAUGUGCAUGUGUCGGAGACAGCGACGGACAAGAUCCCCAACGCCUCCGCGACGGCUGCCUCGCAGGGAACUGACCUCUACUGCAUGGCCACCUUCAACGCCUGCGAGAUCGUGCCGUCCCCCCCCACCAGCCCCUCUCUACCCUGA